UGUUGGAGCAAAACUCAUUCUGCUGCAAAGGUUUUGUUCCACUAAGGAUUUUGUUUGAAAGUAUAAAAUAUUACUCUUAUUGGGUAUAAGUCAAUAAAUAUUGUUGUGAUAGUUAUUUCGCAUUUAGAGAAAUACAAUUAAUAAAAGGGGUAUAGUGUGGAGCUGAAACUUAGUCGCAAGCAGAUUGUGAAAUUCGGAUCGAAGAUUUUUCGCUAUCAUUUUACAUUUAAAGUGUUGCCAGUUAAAAAUUGGAACAGUAGAAUCGUGGAAAAGUAAGAGAACUGUCAGCAAGUCGGUAUUAAUUUGGUAACACUACUCUUUUGAGAUUAUAGCAAAAAGCAGACAGAAAACAACGAAAAUGACAUAGUAGUUAGUAAGUGAUUUUCUCAGUAAAAACGUAAUCGAUAAAACAGAAUCAUCAAAAACUAGAAGUGUAAACCACUUAUUUUAAGAUGGGAGACGUUGAUCCAGAAACACUCUUAGAAUGGCUUUCCAUGGGUCAGGGCGAUGAGCGGGACAUGCAGCUGAUUGCCCUAGAGCAACUGUGCAUGCUUCUUCUCAUGUCUGAUAAUGUAGAUCGCUGCUUCGAAAGUUGCCCACCACGCACCUUCCUACCAGCGCUUUGUAAAAUCUUUCUGGAUGACCUCGCACCAGAAAAUGUUCUUGAAGUAACUGCACGGGCGAUUACAUACUAUUUGGAUGUCUCGGCUGAAUGCACACGCCGAAUUGUUGCUAUCGAUGGCGCCAUUAAGGCGAUUUGUAAUCGUUUGGUUGUCGCCGACUUGUCGUCGCGCACAUCACGCGAUUUAGCUGAACAAUGUAUUAAGGUGUUGGAAUUAAUUUGUACCCGUGAGGCGGGAGCUGUCUUCGAUGGUGGUGGCUUGAACUGUGUGCUCUCUUUUAUACGCGACUGUGGUUCACAAGUACAUAAGGAUACAUUGCACUCUGCUAUGGCUGUGGUGUCGCGCCUCUGUACAAAAGUUGAACCGAAUGCACCGUGCAUUCAGAAUUGUGUGGAGAGCUUAAGUACUCUGCUGCAACACGAGGAUCCGAUGGUAGCCGAUGGUGCAUUGAAAUGUUUCGCCUCCGUUGCUGAUCGCUAUACUCGCAAGUGGGUUGAUCCGGCUCCAUUGGCUGAGUAUGGACUUGUCGAAGAAUUGCUGAAACGUUUAGGAAAUGCCGCCGGAUCUGUUAACAAUACAUCAAACUCGACAGCUGCCAGUCCGGGAGCAACUUCUGGUGCUUCAACAUCGGCCAUCGGUAGUGCCAGUGGUGGUCACAAUGACAGUAUAAAUGCCGUUUCUACAACUACUACUACCACAACAAAUAAACCAGCCCAAACAAAUGAUCCUUCACGGACCUCACAAUCGAUUUCCACAACCAUAUCCUUAUUAUCCACUUUAUGUCGUGGCUCGCCAUCAAUCACACACGAUUUAUUACGUUCACAGUUACCAGAUGCAAUCGAACGUGCUUUGAAAGGUGAUGAACGCUGCGUAUUAGACUGUAUGCGUCUGGCAGAUUUGCUUUUAUUGUUACUAUUUGAGGGCCGACAAGCAUUGAAUCGCGUAGGAACAGCUGGUGGUGCUCAAGGUCAACUAGCAUCACGUGUCCGUCGCAAUGAUUCCAGCGCUGAGCGAACGCACCGUCAAUUAAUUGACUGCAUACGCUCGAAGGAUACCGAAGCCCUACAAGAGGCCAUCGAAUCUGGUGGCAUCGAUGUGAAUUGUAUGGACGAUGUUGGUCAGACACUACUUAAUUGGGCCUCUGCUUUUGGCACACUUGAGAUGGUAGAGUAUUUGUGCGAGAAGGGCGCUGACGUUAAUAAAGGGCAACGCAGCUCAUCAUUGCAUUAUGCGGCAUGCUUUGGACGUCCCAGUAUAGCUAAAGUAUUACUCAAAUAUGGCGCCUAUCCAGAUUUGCGCGAUGAAGAUGGCAAAACACCCUUGGAUAAGGCACGUGAGCGUGCCGAUGACGGACAUCGUGAGGUGGCAGCCAUAUUGCAAUCGCCUGGUGAAUGGAUGGCUGCUGGCAAUUUGACGACAAACAAAGAUGGAGCCGAUGAUAAUGGCAUAUUAGAGCCACGCGGAGAUCCAGAAAUGGCACCAAUUUAUUUGAAAUUGUUUUUGCCAGUAUUCUGCCGUACCUUUCAGGGCACAAUGCUGGGCAGCGUACGACGGGCCAGCCUCGGACUUAUAAAAAAAAUGGUGCAGUAUGCACAAUCAGGAGUACUGAAAGGACUAUGUGAGCCACAAAUGCAGCUGGAGCCAGCAACAGUUACUGGCACAAAUGCACACAAUUUGGGAACCCUAUUAGUGGAAGUCGUGGCCAGUGUAUUGGACAAUGAGGAUGAUGAUGAUGGCCACCUAGUAGUGCUUAACAUAAUUGAAGAGUUGAUGAGUAAAACACAAGAUGAAUUUUUGGACCACUUUGCACGUCUUGGUGUAUUUUCGAAAGUGCAAGCUCUGAUGGAAACAGAUAAUGAAACAAAUGACACCAUUACCACGACAGUCGUUCACACAUCUUCUAAUGCCAUCACUGCUAGUGCCGAGGACCAGCAACUGCAGAGUGGUAGCAGUGGAAUAAACAGUUCAGCACAGCAACUGCAACAGCAAACAACUUCAGCAACAGAAGACGCCAUGGAGGACGCUAAAGAAAUACUACAGGGCAAGGCUUAUCACUGGCACGAAUGGAGCAUCUGUCGGGGACGCGACUGUUUGUACGUGUGGUCAGACUCGGCAGCAUUAGAGCUCUCAAAUGGUUCGAACGGUUGGUUUCGCUUUAUACUCGAUGGCAAGUUGGCUACAAUGUACUCUAGUGGCAGCCCUGAAAAUGGCAAUGACAGCUCAGGAAGGGGUCGUGGCAUGGAUUCUGUUACUAGUGAAGAAAAUCGUGGCGAGUUCCUUGAGAAGUUGUUACGUGCUCGUUCAGCCGUGCGACCCGGCACAGCAUCACAGCCCAUUUUACCUACUGUUAGCGUGUUGCGUUUGGUUGUUGGCAACUGGGUACUCCAAUCACAAAAACCAAAUCAACUGCAAAUACACAACACUGAAGGUCAUCAAGUGACCAUACUGCAAGAUGAUUUGCCUGGAUUCAUAUUCGAAAGUAAUCGCGGUACCAAACACACUUUCACAGCUGAGCAUACACUCGGUCCAGAUUUUGCCUCCGGUUGGUCUACUGGCAAGAAGAAGAAAAUUAAAACAAAGACCGAAGUGCAGAAGACACAAGUGAAAAAUUUAGCACGUGAUCUUUACAACAAAUACUUUAAGGCUGCCCAAGCUGUUCCGCGCGGUGCUGUCGCCAAGCUCACGUCCAUCGUGAAGCAAAUCGAAAUUGCACUAGAGGAGCAGCGUUUGUCUCCACACUCCAACUGGCAGGAAAAGUUACGCACAUCACUGAGUGAGCUGGCAAAACUUUUACACGAAGAUGGUGUAGUCAGCGCUUAUGAGAUGCAUUCUUCUGGUCUUGUCCAGGCAUUGGUUGCUGUGCUUUCGAAGAACUACUGGGAUAAUGGAUUGUCACGCAACAAAAUCAAUAAAAUGCUAAAGCAGCGUAUUAGUAUUUUUAAGCAAUGCAUAUUCGAUGCUAAGUUGCCGAGUAGCGAUGUGCGUAACACCACAGCCAGUAUUCUUGUGCAGAAGUUGGUUGCAGUUUUGGAGAGUACCGAAAAACUUCCCAUCUAUAUGUACGAUGCACCUGGUGCCAGCUAUGGUCUACAGAUUUUAACUAAACGUUUGCGUUUCCGCUUGGAACGUGCCGCAUGCGAAACUACACUAUUCGAUCGCACCGGACGUACUUUAAAAAUGGAGCCAUUGGCCACAGUGGGUCAGCUGGCUAAGUACUUGCUGAAAAUGGUCGCAAAACAGUGGUAUGACAUGGAUCGUUCCACCUAUCACUAUUUGAAAAAAUUGCGAGAACAUCGUCAAGGCAUGGUUUUCAAGCACCACUAUGAUUUUGAUGAAGAGGGUCUUAUGUACUAUAUUGGUUCGAAUGGCGGCACCUGUGAAUGGGUGAAUCCCGCUCAAUAUGGUUUGGUGCAAGUUACCAGCUCUGAGGGAAAGACACUGCCAUAUGGCAAAUUAGAGGACAUACUCUCACGUGAUAGUGUAUCUGUGAACUGCCACACUAAAGACAAUAAGAAAGCUUGGUUUGCAAUCGAUCUCGGUGUCUACAUAAUACCCAAUGCAUACACUUUGCGUCAUGCACGCGGCUAUGGACGUUCAGCUUUGCGUAAUUGGAUGCUGCAAGGUUCGAAGGAUGGCGUCACUUGGACUAUGCUCGUUACACACUCGGACGAUAAGAGUUUAGUGGAGCCCGGCAGCACUGCUACUUGGCCAAUAGUGUGUGCACCCGAUGAAAUGCAAGGUUUUCGCCACAUUCGCAUACAACAGAAUGGUCGUAAUGCGUCGGGUCAGACUCACUAUCUCAGUUUGAGUGGUUUCGAGAUUUAUGGGCGUGUGGUGAGUAUCUGCGAUGACAUUGGAAAAGGUGCCAAGGAAGCAGAGGCGAAAAUACGCAAAGAGCGACGACAAAUACGCGCUCAACUCAAACAUAUUAUAACAGGCGCACGUGUGGUGCGUGGUGUUGACUGGCGCUGGGAUGAUCAAGAUGGUUGUUGCGAGGGUACAGUCACCGGCGAGAUACACAAUGGUUGGAUUGAUGUGAAGUGGGAUCAUGGAGGACGCAAUUCAUAUCGUAUGGGCGCAGAAGGCAAAUAUGAUUUGAAAUUGGCUAACUGCGAUAAUUUGUCUAUGUUUGAGGGUGGCACUUCAAUUGCGCCGGCCACCGCAGUAGCAGCAGGGGGUACAACAGCUGGUGGCGCGACUUGUGGCAAGAAAUUCGAAAAAGGUGGUACGCUCACAUCGCGCAAGUCGAGUUCUACACCAUCACUGCCGGAGGCUACUGAAAUCAAUAGGAAUACGGAAGUGCCUUCAGAUCAGGCGGCAUCCGCUGAUAAUUUGGCUUGGAAGCAGGCUGUCGAGGCUAUCACCGAAAGCGUUUUUAGUUCUGCCAAGACACAAAUGCUCAAUUCGACUGCUGGCACCAGUGGUGAUGAUGGCGAAACUAGUGGCUUGGGCAGCUCGACUGGUUGCACAACAGGUGGCAGUGGCGUCACCUUGCUGCGUGAGCGUGAAAACAUCGCCGAUCUUUCGGCCAUUAACAAUUCGAUGCAGGCUAUCAAUGCAAAUGUCGUCUCCGAUUUGGCCACAAUUACCGAAAAUUUGGUAUUAACUGAAGCAAACACAACCAAUGUGAGCGGCAACACAGUGAGUUCGUCAUCUGGUUAUGGUGGUAGUGGUGGCAGUAGCAGUCGUAAUACUUUGGCAGCCAUUUUCGGGAAUGCCGGUGUUGUUGGCAAUCAGACAGGUGUAGGUGUCGCCUCGAGUGCAUCGUCUGUUCCUGCAAAUACUGCUGGAUGUUUGCUACGUAGCGUAUCGUUGCAACAAGGCGACGAACCAAAAUCUACAAAUAUUGAAGCUAACAAUAAGAUGAAUGCAAAUAAUUCGGCAAGCACAGGCAGUAAUAUGGGUAUGGUGUUGGUUAACAUACACGGACAGCGUGUGUCACAGUUCUCUACAGAGGCUUUGGAGAUGAUCGAUAAAAUGCGCGAUGGGGUCGACAUGAUUCGAAACAACACCAACAAUAUCCUUUCUUCUGAUAUACUUUCGCUAUCGGCUGCUAAUUUGAUGACAUCAGCUGUCAAAUUUUCCAAUGUCACCGGCAAGCCAGAAGCUGGUAACGAUCAUUUCAAUGCCAGUUCCACGGAUACCUCGACCACAUCGGUAGUUGUCGAUUGCAGUGCUACAGCUGCAACAGCGGACAAGUCAGGACGCUCACCCGCUUUAAAAGUUGAAACAGAGAAGCGUAGCAAUAUUGAAGUCGCUGAAUAUAAAAAUCUUUCGGGCGUGCCAAGUGUCACGUUAACCACAAAUAGAUCCUCCAGUGUUAGCGAACAACAAGCACAACAACUACAACCACCACCGUCACAAACUGUAGAAGUAGAGCAUCAAGCGGGUGAUUUGCAAACUGGCGACAAUACUCAACAAUUGGGCGGCUCGGCCGAUAAUGUUAAUGUUUCUGUGUCAAAUCAAAUGAGUGUCAGCGUGCCCAAUCUUACCACCACAUCUGUUUCGGAAACCACUUCACAAUCGGAGGUAACUAGCCACACUGGACUUUUGGAGACUUUCGCCGCUAUGGCACGCCGUCGCACUUCGCAAGGAACAACUAAUCUGCAGAACAACCAAAUGAUUAGUUCUAACUCGAAUUCGAAUGAACACAAUAAUCAGAGUGUUGGCACUAGUUCUUUCUUCCCGAGGGGACCAAAUUCGGUGACGAGCCUAGUGAAGUUGGCACUAUCCAGCAACUUCCACUCCGGGCUGUUAAGCACCGCUCAAAGUUACCCCAGUCUUUCGUCGAACAAUGCUGGCAAUAGCGGCGGUUCGAAUAAUGGCACCGGUGGUAAUGGCAACUCUACCGCAGGUCAACAAGUGCAAACCUCUAUAAAUCCUGCACUAACUAUGAGUCUCACCUCAACUUCAAGUGAUAGUGAACAAGUUUCAUUGGAAGAUUUCUUGGAAAGUUGCCGUGCGCCGGCUUUACUCGGUGAUAUGGACGAUGACGAUGACAUGGACGAAGACAAUGACGAUGAAGAGAACGAAGACGAAUACGAAGAAGUUGGAGUAAGUCGAUUGAACACAUUAUUGCAAGUGAUGGUUUCUAGAAAUCUUCUAACGUUCAUGGACGACGAAACGCUGGAGAAUCGUUUGGCUGGAGUGAGCAAGCGCAAAUCGUGGGAUGAUGAAUUUGUACUCAAGCGACAAUUCUCCGCACUUAUCCCAGCUUUUGAUCCCCGCCCUGGACGUACAAAUGUCAAUCAAACAUCAGAUUUGGAUAUACCAGCACCUGGUACCAGUGCUGAAACAUUGCGCCAACACGAACACGUACAGCUGCCACAGCCAGUACUAUCGCUAAUAUUGCGCGGCCCUAGCAUAGGCGGUGUACCCGAUGUCGAGAUCGAAUUAGGUAAUAGUGAGUGGACGAUAUUCCGCGCAGUACAAGAACUUUUACAAGUUUCACAACUGAGCAAAACAGAUAAAUUCCGCAAGGCCUGGGAACCAACUUAUACAAUUGUUUAUCGCGAAGUGACGCCUCAAGAAUGUAUAAAUAGUGGCGUUAGUGGCACUGUGGUCGAAUGUGAUGAUGGACCGAAUACACCAGUGGUGUCGUCAAAGAGUGGAGCCUCAACACUUUCACCUAAUUCACCGAUUCGCGGUGAGUUCACAACCUCGGAAAAUGUUACCUGCUCGGUGGAUGAUGUAUUGCAGUUGCUCAGCCAAUUGAAUGCACUUAAUCAAAAGGAGACUGCCAAUGAAGGAGCAGUAGCCGGCGCCGAAGCGAAUGUGCCUACUGGCAAUCUCCCAUCCGAGUUCUUCAUGAGCAAGAAAAUUACCAACAAACUUCAACAGCAAAUACAGGACCCAUUAGUGUUGGCAAGCAAUGCUUUGCCGAAUUGGUGUGAAGAUCUCAAUCAAGCUUGCCCUUUUCUGUUUCCGUUCGAAACACGCCAGCUGUAUUUUAACUGUACCGCAUUUGGUGCAUCGCGUAGUAUUGUUUGUCUUCAGUCGCAACGUGAUGUGACUUUGGAGCGACAACGUAUGCCUGGACUGAGCCCAAGGCGUGAUGAUCAGCACGAAUUCCGUGUUGGUCGGUUGAAGCAUGAGCGUGUUAAGGUGCCGCGCAAUGAGAAUUUACUUGAGUGGGCCAUGCAAGUGAUGAAGGUGCAUUGCAAUCGCAAAUCAGUGUUGGAGGUAGAGUUUGUUGGUGAAGAGGGCACUGGACUGGGGCCGACAUUGGAGUUCUUUGCACUGGUCGCAGCCGAAUUGCAACGCACUGAUCUCUGCAUGUGGCUUUGUGAUGAUGCCAAUCAAGAAAUGCACGAUAAAAAUAGCGAGCAAAAUAAACAUCUUAUAGCCAGCGAUGACAUUAAACCAGUUGGUUACUAUGUAAACCGACGCGAAAAUGGCCUUUUCCCAGCGCCCUUGCCGCAAAAUUCGGAAAUGUGCGAUCGUGUAUCGAAAUACUUUUGGUUCCUUGGCGUAUUCUUGGCGAAAGUGCUUCAGGAUAUGCGUUUGGUAGACUUACCACUGUCAGAUUCGUUCCUAAAACUUUUAUGCCACAAUAAAGUGCUGUCGCGUGGUGUACAUCAAAUCCAAUCGAAUCCUGCCUCCGAAGACCUAAUGACUUCAUCAGUAGUGUCGGAGGAUUCGGAACUGGCCGAAACUUGCUCGAAAUUAUUAGCUGGUGUUGGUAUUAGCAGUACUACGGAAUAUAACACAACCAAUUGUUGGUAUGAUGGCAUUUUAACACAUGACAACCUCGCUGAAAUCGAUCCUAUACGUUACGAAUUCAUUAAAGAGCUGCAAGAAUUGGUUGCACGCAAACAGGCCGUAGAGAGUGAUGCGUCUCUUACGCCCGACCAAAGACGUGAACAAUUGGAGGCACUCAAAUUACGCACUAAACAAAAUGAAGAAAUUGAUUUGGAGGAUUUAGCUUUGACAUUUACUUAUUUGCCCAGUUCAUCUGUUUACGGUUAUCCCUAUGCUGAGCUAGUACCAAAUGGCGCCAACAUUGAUGUUACGCUGAAUAAUUUGGAAGAGUACUGCGAUCUGUUGAUAAAUUUCCUCCUGCAGGAUGGCAUUGCGAAGCAGUUGGAAGCAUUCCAUCGCGGUUUCUGUGAAGUAUUCCCACUCAAAAAACUGGCUGCUUUCAGACCAGCUGAAGCGCGUAUGAUGAUUUGCGGAGAGCAACAUCCGCAAUGGACACGUGAAGAUCUCAUCAAUUACACAGAACCCAAACUUGGAUACUCCAAAGACAGCCCUGGUUUCCUACGUUUUGUCAAUGUCCUAAUGAGCAUGACCGGGCCCGAGCGUAAGGCAUUCCUGCAAUUCACCACAGGUUGCAGUAGCUUACCACCAGGCGGUUUAGCCAAUUUGCAUCCACGUUUAACAGUCGUGCGUAAAGUAGAUGCCGGUGAUGGCAGUUAUCCGUCGGUAAAUACAUGCGUGCAUUAUCUAAAGCUGCCCGAUUACCAAACGGAGGAGAUAAUGAAAGAACGUUUACUGACUGCAACAAAAGAGAAAGGAUUCCAUUUGAAUUAAUUUACAUACAAUAUGUGUUUAAAUAUUUUACUUACGUCUCUAUAUUAAUCUUAAGCAUUUCAAAUUGGGCGUUAACAUUGUUAGGGCGUUUCUACGAGAACAAUAUUCAGUUGAUGGUGAUAAAAUUGUUUUAUCUUUUAUCGUUUUUGCUGCUGAGUUUUGAUGUAAAAAAUUAGGAAGUGUAACUUACAUAUAUACGAUAUGUAAACAGAAAAUUUUUCAUAAAAUAGCACAUGAAAGUCAACGGAAGGACAUGAUAAGUUUGUUUUGCUCCCAAAAGCGACAAUCUGUAAAAAAGUAAGGCGAAAAUGCGUGUUAAAACUAAGUAGAACAAGGUACCAACCAAACUAAACAAGCAACCUUCCUUCAAAUGAAAGUGAAUGAGACGAUGAUUGAACGUUGCCUAACGUAACUCUCCCACAUGGUUAAAAAACUAGAUAAAUAGCAAGAAGGGGCUAAAAUAAAGGCCCACGAGCAGUAAACAGCAAAUUCAUCACACAAAAGAUCCCAGUAGCUUAUAAUAGUAUGUACAUAUAUAUGUUCUUUGAUUGAGAAAUUAAUUUACUUGUUGAUUAAACCAUAAUUUCCCCAUACAUACAAUAUUCCUACAUAUUAUAUAUAAAACCAAUUACAAUACAACAUUUCAAUAUUCAUACUAGUGCAUACAUACAUACUGGUGUAUUAUUAGCAAAGAAAAAAUCGACUUAAAUAUUUAUACGAUGGCAAAAUGCAGAAACAAACGACUGUUAUAAGUUAAAUUGGAGCACUAGAAAAGUGAAACGCUGGACUGAGGCGGCUCGAUAGGUUUAUUCAAUAAAUUUUUGUAUGCUUCCCGUAGUGCAUAAUUAAAUUCGAAAACACAUUUGCUUUGUGCAUUCACUUUUCCUUUAACGGAAACGGAAACAAGAGCUUAACAGAAACAAUGGGAGAAAUUUUGUGGCAAAGAGAACAAUUUGAGAAAAGCUAUCGGAUAGACUGUUUUACCCAUUAAUUAAACUUUUAUUUCUUCAUAAACUUCUUUUUGGCAAACUAUUCACAAAUGUCUUCACCGAAAUGUUCUGUUUACGUUGUGUUUAUAAAAAAUUACCAGUUUUAUUAGCAGAAACUUGCAAUUUCCUCACGUUGUUACGUUCUCGGUAAUGGGGUCUCUUGAAAAAAAAUGUCGAGUACAUGAGCACACGCUCUACCAGUAAAAGCAUGAAAGAUUUGCAAAAAUUUUUUUCAAACAAAAGAAAUUAAAAAAAUGGCGCCUACUUUUGUCACAUUUGUCCAGUUGGAAGAAAAAUCAGUACAUACUUUGACGAUAGAAGAAAUAUAAAUUUGGUUUUGUGGUUAAAAUUUAUUUAAGAAAUAAAAUAAUGGGUUUAUUUUUGCCGCAUUUGUUUUUAUAAAAAAUAAAAAUUAGCAAGAAAAUUAA